AUGGCAGACCGCUCGCUCAUCUUCUCCCCUGCUCCGUACCAUAUAAUUUCAUAUGGCACGCUACUGGGCACCACCUUUUUCCAAUCUUUCGUCAAUGGGAUAGUUGCAUUCAGAGCACUGCCGAGGCCGCAGUUCUCCAUUCUUCAACAGAAGAUAUUCCCAGUUUAUUUCGCCAUUCAAUCCGUGCUCCCAGUCACCCUUGCCUUGACUUGGCCUGGUUCUAGAAAUGGACUUUCGAGUACGCCAUCGGGCAUUGCCGGUGUGCUUGACGAGCAAAACCGCUGGGGCGUGCUAGUACCCAUAGCCACCAUGUUUGUGACCGGCGUGGCAAACUUGCUUUGGCUGCUUCCGGCGACAACAGGAUGCAUGCUGGAGAGACGAGUGCAGGAGAAAAAGGAUGGGAAACGUAGCUAUGACCCCGCUCCUCACUCAGAGGAGAUGAAGGCAUUGAACAAAAAGUUCGGUAUCCUUCACGGCAUAUCAUCGCUGUUGAACCUGGGUACAUUUAUUGCGCUCAUUGCCUAUGGCUUCACUUUGGCAGGUCAUCUGCACUGA